AUGAGGAUUAGCCAACUUAUUACAGUCCUCUUGGUCCUAUGGAUUGGAGUAUCCAGUGCCAAGUAUACUAAUGUUGAGAUGAUCAGAGACCUAGCCAUCGGUUCAUGGAGAGUAUUCACUGGACUUGUUGAGGAUCUUUAUUAUAAAACUCCUGAAAUUACCCCAGAUGCUUAUAAAUCGCCUGCUGAGUUCUAUCAAAGCUAUGGCUACAGGUUCGAGGAGCAUAAGGUUGUUACAGAAGAUGGGUAUAUCCUAAGUGCCUGGAGAGUUCCAGGGAAACUGAAUGAGUCUAUGAAAACAGUCAAAGGAAAGCCUGCUGUCAUGCUUCAGCAUGGUCUCCUUGACAAUAGUGGCACUUUUACAGUUGGUUUCUCCAACCAAAGCCUUCCAUUUCUUUUAAAUGAAGAAGGCUACGAUGUAUGGAUUACCAACACAAGAGGAAACUUUAACUCUUAUGAGCACACUAAUCCAUUUGAGUACUCAGUGUUUGAUAUCCACAGUAAAUAUUGGAACUUUACUUUUGAUACCAUGGGGUAUUAUGACCUUCCUUCAAAUAUUGACUACAUCCUUGACUACACCAACAACGAGAAGCUUACUUACAUAGGCCAUUCUCAAGGAACAGUUCAGUUCUUUGCAGGGAACGCCUUGAAAAAUGUUGCUUCCAAGGUUGACGCUUUUGUAGGACUAGGGCCUGUAAUGUUUGCUGGAAAUCAAAGAUCGCCUCUUUGAACACUCCUUAAAGCAACUGGACUAAGCACUCUCUUAAAAUGGUUUGACUUUAACAAUCUCUUGAUCUGGCCAAGAAUUGUUAAUGUGAGCUUGAAGUCUGUCGUCAAGCCUCUGAGGAAAACGAUAUUAAGAUUCAUUCAAAUGAUCGUAGGAAUUAAACAGGAAAUAUCAGUCGACCUCAGUAGAAUGCCAGUUAUGGGAAGACACGAGCCAGGAGGCACAGGUCUCCAAAACAUGCUGCAUUGGCUCCAAAUGAUUGAUUCAGGAAACUUCCAGAGAUACGAUUAUGGUAAAAAAGAAAAUAUGAAAGUCUACGGACAAGAAACAGCUCCUCUUUAUGACCUAGAAGUUUUAAAAGAAAACAUCAAGGAUUUAGAUAUGUUCCUAAUUAAAGGAGGUAUUGAUGUCUUUGUAGCCCAGGAAGACUUUGAUCAGCUCCUUAAUGUCCUCAGCUUUAAGGAAGGAAAGACUCUAAAGCAUAAAAUUGUGGAGGAUUAUGACCAUCUUGACUACAUCUGGGCUGAUAGUGCUUACGAAGAAGUCUCAUUACCAGUCUUAGAGUUCUUACGCAAUAAAAGGAAUAAUCAAUAG